GCAGUUGAAAGCGCACGAAAAACCUAAACGAAUCCAACUAAAACCCUUUUCAUUUGCGGUUUUGUUUUUCCCCCACUUUUCAUUUGCCUUUCAAUCACUCAAUUUUGCAACAUAUUGCAAUGCAAUGAAAACACACCAACGCAACUUCAUUUUUAACGUUCUCAUGUGUGGUUUCUCAAAAAAAAAAAAUAAUAAUAAUUUCCACACGUGUUUGAAACUACAACAGUUUGCGCCAAACCUUACCCUUUGCUCGAGAAAAACCGCUUUUCUUCUUCUUCUCUCUCUCUCUCUCAACCCUAGAAAUGGCAGCUUCGGAAUCGAACUAUAUCGACGAGCAUUCAGCUGCCUCAACAACCAUAACAUUCGACCGACCGAUCCCGUUGCUCCGAGGACCAGUUCGGGCUGGCCCACCCGAUGACCCAUCCUCCGGUCCGUACGUCCUGGCGUUUCGAGACCCCAGGACAUGGGCAAACGCGUACAGAGCCUGCGAGUCCAAGAUCAUCGAGCAGUGUGAGGCCGGCGCCAGGAUCGGGUGCGCCAUCAGCGCAUCGGACAAGUGUAAGCCCCCGUGGUGGCGAGCUCUGAUUGGUCCGAAAGCACCGGACUUGAAGCAGAGGGAGCAGUGCGAAGAGAGAGAAAUGGAGGGGUGUUUGUCUGCGGCGAAAGAUAAGUGCGUUGGGUUCGCGAAGGAGAAGUGCUUGAAGCCCUUUAGAGACGCGAGAAUUGCUGGCCUUCAUGUAAAGCAGGCUGAGAGGUUGGUUUGCUGGGCAACUGUGAUGGAUCGGAGCACGUGGCUCAGUUUGAUUGGAUUGGACAAAUUGGGUUAUUUGGGUUCGGGUAAAUAUGGAUUUGGAGCAACAAAUUAUAGGGCUGGUGAGUUAUUUCGUUCUGAUUGUGACUUUGAUCUUGUUUUGGGUAGUAGCAACGGGAUAUUGAAGGUGUGAAUUUGGAGAAUGGUGUUUAAAGUUGCUGUAGAAACUGUUGCUGAUGAAGUGGGCAUUUGCAAAGUUCUUUCCUUACUUUUAGGCUCCACCACUAGGUUUAUGGAUUCACAUGAAACUUGGAAAUUCUUACAAGCUAUUCAACUAGGAAAUUUCUGCUUCAUUUAGCUGCUGACACAGUACCAAGCUGGAUUGCAUUAUGGUCUGCUGACAUGAAACAAUGGAAAAAAGUAUAUCUGUUCUAUCCUGUUGGAUAUCUCAUCUUGUGGGUCACAUUUAUGGUAAAGGGAGCGCUAUUCGCCGCCAUUUGCCCCCGCACAACGAAUAACACUGGAGUUCUGAGGGUGACUGAAAGCGUGAAUGGCGCUUCCCUUACAAUACGUAUAUGAUUAGUUACACCGACCGUAGUGUGUGGAAUAUUAUAUGUAUAAAACUCUAUGAAAAUGCUUGCAACUUUCUCUUUAACAUUCUUUUUUGGAUCUUCUCCAUUUUU